UCGUGGGGCCCUUGAAGAGGGAGCAGUGGGUGAGGUGGUGGAGCGGUGUUUGUGAGUACGUAUGUCUGACUUUGACCGUGAGUGUGUGUGUGUGCCUGGCAUUAUGUCUGGCUGGGUCGGCUCCAGGGGCGAUCCAGUAAGUUCCAGCUGCGAGGCCCCGACUCCUCUUCCAGGGCCCAGGGACUCUAGGGAUCGAGGGGGUGAUUCUUACUGUAGUUUAGGGAGAGAUGAGACGGUCAGUGGGGUGACCCCAGGGAGUUAGGAGCCGGAGGUUGGGCAUCCUUCGGCUGGCCAGGCGAGCCGCCCUACUCCGGAACCCUCCUGAAUCCUCCCUGUCCCGCAGGCCCCGAUCGAUCUGCCCACCGGGGCCUUCGGGCCCGGGCUUCGACAUGCCUGAGGAGCCCCGGCCGCGGCCUCCGCCCUGGGGCCUCGCGGGUCUUCUGUUCCUGGCGGUGUGCAGUCGGGCCCUAAGCAAUGAGAUUCUGGGCCUGAAGCUGCCGGGCGAGCCGCCGCUGACCGCCAACACCGUGUGCUUGACGCUGUCGGGCCUGAGCAAGCGGCAGCUGGGCCUGUGCCUGCGCAGCCCCGACGUGACGGCGUCGGCGCUUCAGGGCCUGCACAUCGCGGUCCACGAGUGUCAGCACCAGUUGCGAGAUCAGCGCUGGAACUGCUCGGCGCUCGAGGGCGGCGGCCGCCUGCCGCACCACAGCGCCAUCCUCAAGCGCGGUUUCCGCGAGAGUGCUUUUUCCUUCUCCAUGCUGGCUGCUGGGGUCAUGCACGCGGUGGCCACAGCCUGCAGCCUGGGCAAGCUGGUGAGCUGUGGCUGCGGCCUGAAGGGCAGUGGUGAGCAGGAUCGGCUGAGGGCCAAACUGCUGCAGCUGCAGGCACUGUCCCGAGGCAAGAGUUUCCCCCACUCCUUGCCCAGCCCGGGCCCCAGCGUGAGCCCCAGCCCUAGCCCCCAGGACACGUGGGAAUGGGGUGGCUGUAACCAUGACAUGGACUUUGGAGAGAAGUUCUCUCGGGAUUUCUUGGAUUCCAGGGAAGCUCCCCGGGACAUCCAGGCACGGAUGCGAAUCCACAACAACAGGGUGGGGCGACAGGUGGUAACUGAAAACCUAAAGCGGAAAUGCAAGUGCCAUGGCACGUCAGGCAGCUGCCAGUUCAAGACCUGCUGGAGGGCGGCCCCAGAGUUCCGGGCAGUGGGGGCAGCACUGAGGGAGCGACUGGGUAGGGCCAUCUUCAUCGAUACCCACAACCGCAACUCCGGAGCCUUUCAGCCCCGCCUGCGUCCCCGGCGCCUCUCAGGAGAGCUGGUUUACUUCGAGAAGUCUCCUGAUUUCUGCGAGCGAGACCCCACUGUGGGCUCCCCGGGCACUCGGGGCCGGGCCUGCAACAAGACCAGUCGCCUGCUGGAUGGCUGCGGCAGCCUGUGUUGCGGCCGUGGGCACAACGUGCUCCGGCAGACGAGAGUUGAGCGCUGUCAUUGUCGCUUCCACUGGUGCUGCUACGUGCUGUGUGAGGAGUGCAAGGUCACAGAGUGGGUCAAUGUGUGCAAGUGAGGGUCGGCCUCCCAGCAGGCUGGGGAAAGGAAGGGGUGCCUUUUCAACCUUUUGCUCUAAUUUGUCUGAGGUCAGUUUUGGUCCCUGAAGAACUCAGAGUAUCCACCUGGAGACAGCUUUGGGGAUGGUGGGGGUCAGGAGGAGUCUAUGAGCUAUGCCCCUCUCCCCCACAGUUAAAAGGUCUUGGGGGGAGGAUGGCAUCCCUCUUCUUUUCCUUAUCACCUGGAUGGACUAGGAUGAUAUGCACUGUAUUGCUCUCCUAUCCCCAACCCUGGGGUCCCUUUAACUCUCCUUUCUCAUACUCCUUUUGGCUGGGGAGUCCCUAUAGUUUGACUACUCUUCUCCUUUGAGGGUCAGCCCCAGGCAUUGUGUGGAGCCACAAGACCUGUAUCCCAAAAGAAAGAAACCACUUGCUCCACUUGCUAUUCCGGAACUCUACUGCAGCCUGAGCCCUCUCCUGUGGGGUAAUGGAAGACAGCAGUAGAGAGGUUUUUCUGGGGACUGGACAGAGUGCUAGGGGGUGCUCUUGGCUGAGUCCUCAGAGCCAUCUGUCCAGGCCCAUAAGGGAGCUGUCUGCCCUCCAUUCAGAUGUUAAAGGGGACCCUCCAAAAGAAGAGUUUUACCUACAACUCUCUGAGCCUCUCUCUUUCUCUGUUCAGCAGGAGGGGUGGGAGUGGAUAAUUUAUUGUACUGAGACUUGUUCUUGGUUCCUGUUUGUAACUAAAAUAAAUUAAAUUACUGGA